UCUGGCAAGCUUGUCAUUCCGUUAUUAUCGAUGCCGGUACGAGCUCUGGCUCUCGGUCACUAUUCCAACAGAAACAUGACGGCGACAGUCUGACGAUCCUGUUUAGUAAACACGCGUUUAGUAUUUAGUAUAAAGUGUAAAACCGUUUUUAAUUUAAUUUAACACAAUCGAAACUUAACUCGCGGUAUACAAUUUCUUGUUUGCUCGUUUAAUAGUGAUCGGAAUUUAACGAAAAAUGGCUGUGUCUACGACGUGGAUUAGGAAUAACAUGCUGUUCUCUUGCGACCAAUACGAUAGACAACUGACGGACGCAGAAUUGAAAGUGCAGAGGUCUUUACAGAAGCUUUCUAUCCCCGAUUGGUACAUGAACAAACGUUCGAAUCCGCCGAAAAUUUUAAACAACCUCACCCCGAUCGAAUCUCGGCCGCCAUCUUGGAAGAAUCCCGGCGCGAGGAGAAACUCCACGCUGAACUUGACGUCGUCUACGAUAUCAGUUUCAGACAGGCUUUCACGGGCAGACGCACCAAAAACUGCGGCAUGCAGCGUCGACACAGGAACCUACAAAGUCUCCCGACAACAGAAGUCUCCGGAAGCAACGCCACGGAAAUCACCAUCCAAGUCCACCUCGAGGAAAGAGGAGGAGGAGGAGGUUUUCGAUACGAAUAUCCCGGCGAUAAAGCUGAAAAAGAACAUAAGCAAAACAUUCCCGAAAGUGUCACCCUCUAGGAAGAUUCAAAAUAUAAACCUUGUUUUCCCGCCUGGACCGCCGAUCGACAUCUCGAGCAGCCUCGAUGACGACGUGAAAAGAUGCAAGUACGACAGUUUCGUAGCGAAGAAGCAGCAGCCAAUUGACGUGAACGAGAGAACCGACGAAAAGCUUUCCACGCCUCAGAAGAUGCCCAAGAAGAAGAGGAACGACAUCCUGCCUGAAGAUAUCAUUGCAUCUCCACGGACUCCGAACAUGAAAGGAAGAAACUUCGAGGUUCGUGCAGCCUCCACGCCAAAGUUCACCCCGGCGAAUCUGUUCUCGUCGACGAUCAUCGAGGAGACUCCGAAAGCGAAGAAAAUCCCGUCGCGAAGCAUCCUGGAGAAACUGUCGAUCUUCGAGGAGAGCACGUGUUCGACCGCCGAGAAACUCUCUCGUAGCUUGAUCGAGAGGAAUCCGAUCUUGGAGACCAGUUCAAAAUUGGCGGCAUUCUCCACAAGCUACGAGGAGACACCUAAGAAGAAGAAGAAGAAGAAGAACGAUCGACUGAACAGCUUCCUGGAGAGAAACAUCCGAUCGAUCGAUCCAAUUCUAUUCGAAACCGAGGGAACCAUUCCAAGAUCGUCAUCCUUGGUAUGUGAGAUCGUGAAGAAGAUCGAGGUCGCCGGGGACCACAACUACACUCCGUUGAAGCGAUCGAACCUGGAAUGGAAGAGCAGAAGGGCCAGUCUUGUGGCGAAGAAUCUUCGAGUGGACGAUCCAGAGAAGAAGGUGAAGAUCGAUGGCCAGUCUCCGAGCACAAGGUUCCUCAAUUCGAGAAGAAUGUCGGUGGACCUGGAGAACGUGGUCAGGAGCAAGCAGCCAUCCCGCGAGAGGAACAUCGUUCAGGGGAUCAUCAAGGCUCUGACGGAGAAGAUGAGCAAAUCUUCCUCGUCGCGACAGAAACAAGUCAUCGAGGUGAACCAGAGCUUCGUCAAGAAGGUGGUGAGCGUGCUGGAGAAUGGUGGCGACACCUCAUCCGUUCUCGAGGAGGCGAACCGGAGGAACUACGAGGAUAUGGAAAGCUGCAGCGAGUCCGAGGCGAAAUCCUGCGCUACCUCGAUCUCUCUGAAGGACACUGACAGCAGCAGCAGCAGCAGCAGCAGCAGCAGCAGCAGCGACUCGGACCAGAGGUCACCGAGCCUUAGAAGCGACGACAGGACCUUCGAUUAUAGUACCCUGGCAACCAGCAAGCUGGAAGCUGAUCAACCUCCACGUCAGGACGAGGACUCUGUCUAUUGGAUACCAGUAUCUAGAUGCAAAUUGCCCAGAACCAGCUCCCUGCUGAGCAUGAUGUCCAGACUGUCCGCCAAUGGGCAGUCCCCUUGCGUCAGCCCGAUCAGAAGCGACAGCGAGACCGAGAACGCGAAUGUACCUUGGGGCACUACCUUCAAGAAGACCAAUGGGCUGUCCAGGAAGCUGUUUAGAAUCGACGAGACGACGGUGAUCGAUUCUGGGUACUCCGACAGGUCUGACAGGUCGGGGGUCGGAUGUUCCAUGACCGAUAGCAACUUGUCCGAGGAUACUCAGAACGAAUCUGCCUCCGAUGCCAGGACCAUCAGGGUGAAGAGGUCGUCUAGGCGUAAGUCGAUCGUCGGGACCACGUUCCGUGUUCAAUGAAGUCUCGAGGUUCCUCGAGAUGCUCUAUGGCAAAGGGUUUGGGAUCCGUUUCAUGGGGUACUGGAAUGCGGUCUGAGAAAGUUUCGAAUGCUUGUUGAAAUGGGUCCAGGUGGAAAUUUCACCGUACAUAUUGAUCUCGAUUAAUGUAUAGAGUUGUUAUUAAUCCUCGGAUGGUGUAUGUGUCCAUUUUACCCGAAGUCCAAUUUACAGAAAAUUACUGCAGCGUACAGAUGUUUAUAUUGACAUUUUGGAUAAGACCAAAGUAUUUUCGAGAUGUUUGUUCGAAAACACGUAUAAAGUUAGAUGAGAUGGGGUCUUCUCUGGACCCAGCUACCGUUGUCUAUUCAUUCAGUUAUCAAAAAGGUCCGUUUUUCGAGGCGUGAAGAAAUUUACGAUCUUUCGUUAGUAUUUUUCUAUCAAUCUAUACAUAUAUCUCCGGUUCAAUUCAUUUUCGUUAGCAUAUUUUUUUCGCAAAUCCAAGCGUUCAAACACUUUCUCCGACCACUGUAAUAUUAAUCGUGGUAUAAAUAAUUGCAAAGUUUUUGUGAAACUGUGAAUGCUCGAGUGCUUAUUGCCUUUCCCACGC